UUAAGCAUUUCAUGGAUCUGCUUACAGUGUGCGCAAUAAAUACAAUUACUCACCUUCUCCUCCUCUCUCAUCGGUCUACACUGUAGCAAUCACAAAAUUAAGCCAUGGAUUUGAUUCACAAGUUCUUGAACAUUCUUCUUCCUCCUUUAACGUUUUUUUGGCUCUGUGUUCUCCUACCACCAUAUAUUGCUUACCAGUGUUUUAGCUGUAUGAAAAGAUUUCUAUUCAGAGAAAAUGUAGCCGGAAAAGUUGUGCUCAUCACUGGAGCAUCUUCAGGCAUUGGUGAGUAUCUUGCGUACGAGUAUGCUAGAAGAGGAGCUUUAUUAGCUCUUGUUGCAAGAAGAGAAAGUCGUCUUAAAGAAGUGGCUGUUAAAGCUAAAGAGCUUGGAUCACCAGACGUUAUAGUGAUUCGUUCAGAUAUUUCUAAGGUUGAAGACUGUAAGCGCUUUGUAGACGAAACAUUUAAUCAUUUUGGUCGAUUGGAUCAGCUGGUGAACAACGCUGGUAUUAUUAAAGUCAGCAUGUUUGGAUAUGCCACUUCAAUUCCCGAUUUGCAUCCUCUCAUGAGCGUAAACUUCUGGGGUUCAGUCUAUGCAACCCACUUCGCUGUUCCACACCUAAGAAAAGUCAAAGGGAAGAUUAUUGUCAUUUCGUCAGCUUCUGGAUGGUUCCCUACGCCGGGAUUAAGCCUCUACAAUGCAAGCAAAGCAGCACAAAUAACUUUAUUUGAUACAUUGAGGGCAGAAAUUGGUUCGGAUAUUGGAAUAACAAUAGUGACUCCUGGAAGGAUUGAGUCAGAGAUGUCACAACGCUACGUUCAAUCGGAGACGUUCGAAAAGGACUUGGUACCGGCUGUGUCGACCGAAACGUGUGCCAAGGCAAUUGUGAACGGGGCUUGUCGUGGAAAGAGGUACGUAACAGAGCCAUCCUGGACCAGUGUGCUGUUUGUGGUGAAGCUGCUUUGCCCUGAAUUUGUGGAUUGGCUCUGCCGCUUGUUGUUUGUGAAAUGAACGACUUUAAACAAUCAUCCCUAGCGACAUCUUGUUAUUCUUUUUCCUAUCAUUUAAUUGGAUGCCUUUGAAGUCUCCUUAGUAUCCCACCAUUUCAUAUAAUUAUAUUAUUGACUUUAGCACCCCAAGUUAUGUGAUACACCUUUGGGAUUCUCAUUAUCGAUGUGCUUUAUAACAAUUUUACUCUCAUUUAAAAAAUGAGGUAGUGGCUAUGUAUCAAACAAGUGGAAAAUUAUAGCAUUACUCUACUAUUAUUAUGCCAUGCAAUAAAUCAUGUUGGAUGC